GCUACGAUUUGGGUAUAAGGUGGGGAGGGACGUAGAGUGGAGUGGGGAGGAAGGCGUCUUAAUGGGAAGGUUCAGACAGAUAUGCCAGAGAUUCCCACGAAAAGAUUGCAACGCGAUAGCCUUUUCGGGACGCGUUAGAUUAGCAUUCUCCAUGCACGCAAUCGUCUGCGUAUAGCCAGUGGGGCUGGCAUGUCGUCAAAAGCUGGUAUUUGCCUGCGAGGGCAAUGCCUGUCCCGCGCUGAUCGGCAUCGCCAGGAGGGUCGGCUGAGACCAAGCAUUUAGCCAAGGACGGUCUUGCUCCGGCACGUCGGCUCCUAGUUACGUGAUGAGCCCAUCCUGCUCCUUAGAAAAAGACGUCCUGGGAGCCGAGCAGCAUGUUUUCCCAGUCGCACUAAGGCUUCAGUCAAGAGUUGGACCAUCGUAGGCGCCAAACUUUUGUCGAAUUGAUUGAAGCAUCACUGGCGCAGCGUCCCCUUCUGGCAAAGGCGGCGAAUUGCAAGAGGCAAACAUUACUAUUUCUCUCCCUCCGCGGUAGAACCACCGUGGUUACGUAGGAUGAAAAUAGAGGAGUACGCUACGUGCUGAUGAUCUCUGAUAGCCUGAGUGAGCCUGACGGGACGGGAACAGAUUGCGGCAGAAAGCUGCUGGACUUCCUCACUGUAUUUCGAGUUUCUUCAGCAACUUUAGCUGGGGUUCUGUCGUCCGCUGAUCCUUCGCUGGACAGACGCAGGGCUCCCACGUUGUAUUUCUUCAGAAGGGCGCGCGCCUCUUUUGACGGCCUUUCCAUCGGCAAACUGCUUCGCAGGCACAAUGAGUUAGGCUCCGUUUCUUUCUCCUUUGGUGACACAAUAUCGCGCUGAGCCUCUAGAAGUUUGAUACAGGCAAGAAAAAGUUGAGUAACUACGGCACGGUCAGAUAAAGGAAGAAAGGAAAGUUAAUUUUUAACGGCUAUGGACCAGUUUUCUAAGAUUAUUUAGGACAGGCAGUGCUGCUGCCUUGUCAAUAGAUGUUUUUAAGAACAAUGGCUGUGCAUUUUAUUUCUCUUGUACGUAUUUCAACAGUGCGCGCGCGCACACACGCACGGAUGUCCCGGGGAUGCUUCUAAGCUCAGAAGCUUUUGAUCGGGGUGAAGGCGAAAUGGUCAGCCACACUAUUAUUCCAGAGGAGAUCUUUAUGUCGUGAGGUCUUGCACGCCCUUAUUGGGUGAAGUGAAGGAAUAGUCUCCCAGUUGAACUACUAUGAGGUCAGAAGCCUUGCUGCUAUAUUUCACACUGCUACACUUUGCUGGGGCUGAUUUCCCAGAAGAUCCUGAGCCAAUCAGUAUUUCGCAUGGCAACUAUACAAAACAGUAUCCAGUGUUUGUGGGUCACAAACCAGGACACAACACUCCACAAAGGCACAGACUGGACAUCCAGUUGCUCAUGAUAAUGGACAGAUCCCUCUACAUUGCUGCUAGGGACCAUAUUUAUACUGUUGAUAUGGAUUCAUCACAUACCGAAGAGAUUUAUUUUAGCAAAAAAUUGACAUGGAAAUCCAGACAGCUUGAUGUAGACACAUGCAGAAUGAAGGGAAAACAUAAGGAUGAAUGUCAUAACUUUAUUAAAGUUCUUCUAAAACGAAAUGAUGAUACAUUAUUUAUUUGUGGGACAAAUGCCUUCAGUCCUUCCUGCAGGAAUUAUAAGAUGGAUACUUUGGAGUUUCUGGGAGAUGAAUUCAGUGGAAUGGCUAGGUGUCCUUAUGAUGCAAAGCAUGCCAAUGUCGCACUGUUCGCAGAGGGAAAGCUGUAUUCUGCCACUGUGACAGACUUCCUUGCAAUAGAUGCGGUCAUUUACCGGAGCCUUGGAGACAGCCCAACUCUGCGGACAGUCAAACAUGAUUCAAAGUGGUUGAAAGAACCAUAUUUUGUUCAUGCAGUAGAUUAUGGUAACUAUAUCUACUUCUUCUUUCGGGAAAUUGCAGUGGAAUAUCACAGUAUGGGAAAGGUAGUUUUCCCCAGAGUAGCUCGGGUUUGCAAGAAUGACAUGGGUGGAUCUCAGCGAGUGCUAGAAAAGCAAUGGACUUCCUUUCUGAAGGCACGAUUGAACUGUUCAGUACCUGGUGAUUCGCACUUCUAUUUCAACAUACUGCAGGCAGUUACCGAUGUUAUCCAUGUUAAUGGCCGGGACAUUGUCUUAGCAACUUUUUCUACCCCUUAUAACAGCAUCCCUGGCUCUGCUGUCUGUGCCUACGAUAUUCUCGACAUUGCCAGUGUAUUUACUGGGAGAUUCAAAGAACAGAAGUCUCCAGAUUCAAUAUGGACACCAGUUCCCGAUGAAAGAGUGCCGAAACCCAGGCCAGGUUCCUGUGCAGGCUCCACAUCACUUGAAAAAUACACAUCUUCCAAUGAAUUCCCAGAUGACACACUAAACUUUAUCAAAACACAUUCUCUCAUGGAUGAAGCAGUACCAUCAAUUGUCAACAAGCCAUGGUUUCUGCGUACAAUGGUCAGAUACCGUUUGACGAAAAUUGCUGUAGAUAAUGCUGCUGGCCCAAAUCAGAAUCAUACUGUGGUUUUCCUUGGAUCAGAGAAAGGAAUUAUUUUGAAGUUCUUGGUCAGGACAGGGAACAGUGGUUUUCUAAACGACAGCCUUUUUCUGGAGGAGAUGAGCAUAUACAAUUCUGAAAAGUGCAGCUAUGAUGGGGUGGAAGACAAGAGAAUUAUGGGUAUGCAACUGGACAAGCAAAGCAGUGCCCUCUAUGUAGCAUUUUCAAACUGUUUGAUAAGAGUUCCUCUGGGAAGAUGUGAGCGUCAUGGCAAGUGCAAAAAGGCCUGCAUAGCUUCUAGGGACCCAUACUGUGGAUGGAUGAAAGAAAGUGGAGCAUGCAUGCAGCUUCUACCUGGAGCAACAUUGGCCUUUGAGCAGGACAUAGAACAUGGCAAUACUGAUGGCUUGGGUGACUGCCAAAAUUCGUUCGUAGCACUGAAUGGACACUCCAGUUCCCUACUUCCCAGCAUGACUACUUCAGACUCUCCAGCCCAACAGGGUUAUGAUGCUGGAGGGCGCAUACUAAAUUGGAAGGAUCACAUUGGCUCAUCUGAGAAUACCAAUCCGUAUGUGGCUGUCUCGUCCCAUAAUCACCAAGAGAAAAAGGGAGUGAUCCGAGAGAGUUAUCUCAAAGGGCACGAUCAGCUGGUGCCUGUCACCCUCCUGGCUAUAGCAGUCAUUCUUGCCUUUGUCAUGGGAGCUGUCUUCUCGGGGAUCAUAGUGUACUGCAUCUGUGACCAUCGGCGUCGAGAUGUGACCAUCGUGCAGAGGAAAGAGAAGGAGCUGGUCCAAUCUCGUCGAGGCUCAAUGAACAGUGUCACCAAGCUCAGUGGCCUCUUUGGAGACACUCAGUCCAAAGACCCAAAACCUGAAGCCAUUCUCACUCCCCUCAUGCACAAUGGUAAACUUGCUACUCCAGGAAGCACAGCCAAGAUGCUCAUCAAAGCCGACCAACAUCAUCUGGACUUGGCUGCUCUACCUACUCCAGAGUCCACCCCAACACUGCAGCAAAAGAGGAAGCCCAGCCGUGGCAGCAGAGACUGGGAGAGAAACCAGAAUCUCAUCAAUGCCUGCACAAAAGAUAUUCCCCCAAUGGCAUCACCUGUGAUUCCCACAGACCUUCCUCUCAGGGCUUCCCCCAGCCACAUCCCAAGCGUUGUAGUCCUGCCUAUUUCUCAGCAAGGCUAUCAGCAUGAGUAUGUUGAUCAGCCUAAAAUGAGUGAUGUGGCCCAGAUGGCCAUGGAGGACCAAAAUGCCACCCUUGAGUACAAAACCAUAAAAGAGCAUCUCAGUGGCAAAAGCCCAAACCAUGGGGUGAAUCUUGUGGAAAACCUGGAUAGCAUGCCACCCAAAGUCCCCCAGAGGGAAGCUUCUCUUGGUCCCCCUGGGUCCUCUCUUGCUCAAAGCAGUCUAGGAAAACGCUUGGAGAUGCAUUCUUCUGCUUAUAACGUGGACUACAAGAGAAACUACCCUACGAACUCGCUUACGAGAAAUCACCAAACAUCAACGCUCAAAAGAAAUAACACUAAUUCUUCUAAUUCCUCCCACCUUUCAAGAAAUCAGAGUUUUGGCAGGGGAGACAACCCUCCUCCUGCCCCACAAAGAGUGGACUCCAUACAAGUCCAUGCUGCUCAGGGUCAGACUGUGACUGUUUCUAGGCAGCCCAGUCUCACCACAUACAACUCGCUGACAAGAUCAGGGUUGAAACGUACACCAUCAUUAAAACCAGAUGUACCCCCCAAGCCCUCCUUUUCCCCUCUUUCAGCAUCCAUGAAGCCAAAUGAUGCAUGUACAUAAUCACUGUGGGGUGCGGGGGGGACAGCUGGUGAUCAGAGUAUAUCCUUAAAGACCAGGAUUCGGCAACAGCAAUGCUAGUUUCAACUGACCAGGAAAUGGCAAUGCUGCAGGACCUACUGCUCUGGGGAAAAGUGGAAUAUUUUUAAGGAAUCGGGCCAUACAGUCUAUGGUUUGCAACUGUAGGACCCACCCCCGCAACACAACAGCUCUUCACUCAAAAGACUAACCGCAAACGUUGAGCCAAAAGCACACUACACGAAAGAUGACUGUGAUCCUUCACUUUUAACUGCACAGAGCAUCCUACAAUUGGGAAAUGAGUGCUUUGAAAGCAAAAAUGCCCUGAGAAAGGAGCAACUCACAAAAGGAAAAAAGGAACCCAUUGUUUAAGCUAACUCUUACUGAACUGUGGCAGACUCUUACUAUAUGCAGGUACUGUGAAAGCCCAUCAGUGUUACAACCUUUUGAUUAUAGCAGAUUUGCCAUGUUGGGCAAGAACAACUCUGUCAUAGGUUACUGCUACUCUUCUCUCUUAAUGAAUAACAUGUGACUGUUAACGCAAAUAACUCUUAUUAUUUAUUGUUCAUCUUUUUUGUCUUUUUUUAAAUUCCUAAGGAAAUCAUUUCUGCCUACCAUCAUACAAGCAACUCUUUCCAGAAGGAAAAACAAAAUACAUUGAAAAUUAUGCCUAUUUAACGUGAAACCCCAUUAACUAGAGUAAUUAAAACUCUUUUUAUUUUUCCAAUAAAUUCACUGAGUUAAAUAAGUUGGAGAUGAAAUUCUGAACUUUUGUGUUUGAACUCUCUGAUGUCUUUCUGGAAAACAAACUAGAGGAGAAUGCUUAUUUCAAUAUUGGUCCGUUCUGCAGGCUGGCUUUCAGCCUUUAGGUCAGGUUGCAAACCAAGGAAGAAACCUCCCACCACGCCAUUCUCUCCCCAAAGUUCCCUUCUUCCUAAAGUAAUGUCUAUUCUGUAAGAACUCUCUGAACACUGCACUUCCAUGCCCCAUUGCCAUGAACAUGGUUUUUGUUGCUAGCUAAUCCUUUCUGUGAAGGCAGCGACUUGAUCUCUGCCAUCUCAUUUCACCCUUGCAUGUGAGAUGGCAAACCAGUGAACAAAAAUGCACAGUGCAAAUUCAUCCAUACACUGGUUACUGCCAUGUGUAACUUAGUUUUACUACACAGGGUUUGUUUUGAUGGGAAUACAUCUAUUUUUUUCCCACAUGUAAAUUUGUGCCUUACACCCUCAGUUGUGUAUAUUUGUGAGCUUGUAGUAUGUACAAUCGUUCCCCUCUCUUUAGAGUAAAUCAGAUAUUUAUCUCCACCCUCUCUUACUCCCCUAGAGAACUGGAGGACGCACAGUUUCAUGUUUCAGUUUGCAGAACUAAUAGCCCUCUGAUCCACAAGAAGACAAGGUGGUGGCAAUAUCCGUUGCUUUGGUGUGAAUCCUAACCAUGCCCAUCUUGGCUUUCAAGUUACCUUUGUGCUAUCCUGGCAGUAUAGAUGCUGUUUGGUGACAGCGUAUCCUUCUACCUGAAUAUUUUGGUAUCAUUUCAGCAUGGAAACCUAUCCUUUCCCAUUGCCAGCAGUGUGGCAUAUCACCAAAGUCAAGCACUGUGUGCCAUUGGCAUUCUGGCAGGAAAAAACCAGACACACAAGCCUAACACCUGUAUAGCGCAUGGAAUGAAAUGGAAAUGAAUAUAAAGCAGGCUGGUUCCUGCUGGUUCCCAGUGACUGCAAUAGGAAGGCAAACCCAGACAAAUGGUGCAUCACACUUUUUGUUGUAAGAGAGAAAUCCAGCUUUCAUUUGUUUUCAUUUGUAUGGAUGGGUGGGGAAAAUGGGGGCAGAGUGUGCGCAGGAAUGUGUGGUUUGACAGUAUCUUGGUUGCUUGUGCAUAGAUUUUGCUUUUGAACUGUCAUUAUACCUACGUCAACCUACUGUGGCAAAAGAGAGAGAAAUGGAUGUGCGUGUUUGAUAUUGUCUGGACAGAAUGUUUGGGAAGGAGGAACAAGGUUUUGAAAGAGAAGAUGUUUCUAUACUCCAGUGGGGUUGGUUUUGCUGCCUCUGGGGGGAGUUCAUUUGUGAAUGAUUUCCCUGGAAAGGAAAAUCUUCAGGCUUGUAGCAGCAUACAGAUGGUCAUUUGGAAAAUCAGGAUGAUCAGAACCCAAGGUACCUGCUUCUGCUCUCCUUUUGGGUCUGCCUCCUGAGCUAAACCAGUUUGUUCACUGUUUGUUCACACACUCUGCGAGCUGUGCAGAGCAAAGUCAAAGCAAUGCUUCUUUCCAGGAUUUCAUUUGUUUUCCCCUUACCCACCACCCCAUGGUCUCUUCCUAAGCUGCGAGGGAUUCAUAUGAAAAAUAAACCAGAGUUUUGUUUUUCCUCCUUGAAGCUCAGUCCCUAAAUUCUAAAGGGCAUGGCACCUCCUUGCUACAUCUUAGCCAAGCAGCCUGUUGUAAUGUAGAAAUGAAGAAUUAUUGCAGCUUUGUUCAGGGAUCUGCCUUUAUAAUAUACAUCACGCCAAUGACGGGGUUCACCUUGAGAUGCCCAUUUUUUAUUCUAAUCUGUUUUGUUUACUGUUCAGACCCUUCCAUGUCUUUCCUCCUGCCCCUUGCCCCAUUUUUACCCCUCUGCGUGUAAAGGUUCUUAGACCUACGUGUGCCUUUUCUUUCCACCCUUGGUAUACACUGGUAGAUGCAACCAAGUCAGACUCUCUCUUUUGUUGUAAAGUUGUAAAAAAUAUUGUGUUGUCACCAAUUUCCCUACAUCUCCACAAAUUCCUAACAUCAUCAGAUUCACAGUUUAAUGUAUGUUGUAAACAAAAUUAAGAAGAAGAAAAGGGGGGAAAGAGUUGAAGUGUUUACGAAAGAAAUAAAAUGGCAAGGA